AUGUAUCAGCGUAAUGAUUCAAUGGUUCUUCUGUUGGCGUAUAUGGGUGUUCACCGCAUCAAGCUUCGGAUUACGGUCAAGAAUUGCUUUUACAACUGUUACAACUUGGCUAUCAAUGGAUUCAAUCACAAAAUUUUGACCGGUAACACACCCGACUUCGUGCUUGGACUUUGCAACGAGCACGAGUUGGAAGUAAAAGCAUACUUCAACGCGUUCCUGUCCAUAUUAAACGCGCGUGAAUAUUUACGCGAGAAGUUUGAUAACUCGGCGGACAUUCACCCUGAUUUCGCUGAUGCCGGUUGGAAUCAUGAAGACACCGAAGAAACGGCCACAGGAACAUACGAGCUAUCUCCAGGCGAGAUACGGUUUGCUUCACAUAAGGUUGGAAUCACUAGAGAAGAAGCUUGA